CAUAUUUUAUUUCCCAUUAAUAAUUUUUCCGUAGUAUUACUUAGCGCAGUUUUAUAACAAUUGGUUGCAAAUUUUCUUUUUGCCACGUGUUUGUUAUGUGACGAUUGUUUUUUAGACUUCAGUCUUACUUUUAAUAAAUUAUUUUAAACUGACCUUAGCCUGGCCAUAAGUUUCAAUAGGUUAGUAUAUCUCGUAAUCAUACUUACGCUGCAACACGAGUCAUCAGAAUAAUACUGAGAGGCGUUUCUCCCUCCUAAUUUCAUUUCAUUUGAUAAGAUUGGCGCAAAACGUACAUACGUACGGUCAUAACGUUCUACGCCGCGUUUGAAGCAUCUCGUUUUUCUCUUUACCGUCACGAUGGAUUCAUCGUUGCUUUCAUCGCCCUUUACGCUACUAUUGAUUACUCUAAUCGUUAUCGGCAUCCUGAAAGUUAUCGUUGUAAUGUAUAAUCUAUACGUCUUCUGGAAAAAUAAAGGUGUGCCCUACUUGCCAAAUUCGCUCUCGUGUUUUAUAAUGGAUUGUAAAAUAUACUUGGCCCGUAUCAGUUUUGUCGAUUACUUCCAAUAUAUAUACGAUUACUUCCCAAAUGCAAAAUAUAUUGGAGUAUUGGAUUCUGGCACGCCUGCCGUGCUACUGCGUGAUCCCGAGCUGAUCAAAGAUGUCAUGGUGAAGGAUUUCGAACACUUCCUGGAUCGCCGCACUUUUGUUGAUGAAGACAUGGAACCCCUAUUUGGCAAGAACGUUUCCGCCCUGCGCGGUGAUCGUUGGAGAGAAAUGAGAACUAUAUUGAGCCCGUCUUUUACCGCCAGUAAGAUGAAGUUCAUGUUUGAUCUUAUAUCGAAAUGCUCUAAAGAUUUUGUUGAUUAUUUAGACAAUCAUCCAGAAAUUUGUCAAGCGAUUGAGACAAAAGGGGCCUUCAGACGUUACGCAAACGAUGUAAUUGCUACCGCAGCCUUUGGUAUAAGUGUUAACUCUAUGAAGGAUCGAGAUAACGAAUUUUACGUGAGAGGCGUGGAAGCUACCAAAUUUUCUAGUGUUGGAUUAUUAUCAAUGGCCAAGUUCAUAUUUAUACGUGAGUGUCCAAAACUCGCCAAAUGGAUGGGUAUAACAUUUUUUCCACCGACUACUUCAAAAUUUUUUAAAACUAUUGUGGCGGAAACCAUUAAAGCGCGUGAAGAGCAAGGUAUAGUCCGACCGGAUAUGAUACAUUUACUGAUGCAGGCUUUGGACAAGAACGACGCCAGUGUACACAAGAUGACCUUGGACGAUAUCGUCUCGCAGGCUUUUAUCUUUUUCCUCGCCGGUUUUGAUACAACUUCGUCAUUGAUGUGUUUCGCAAUUCACGAACUGGCGAUUAAUCAAGACGUUCAGAACCGUUUGCGUGAGGAGGUGCAACAUUAUCUCGCUAAAGAAAACGGUGAGAUUUCCUACGACUUACUAUCGCAAAUGUCUUAUAUGGACAUGGUGAUUUCUGAGGCUCUCAGAAAAUAUCCACCGGCGAUCACCGUCGACAGAGUUUGCACAAAGAGAUAUGAACUGCCACCAUCGCAGCCCGGUUACAAAAACGUGAUUCUGGAACCUAACAGUGUUCUAACGUUUCCCAUUUACGCUUUACAUCGCGAUCCGAAAUACUUUCCGAAUCCCGACAAGUUCGAUCCCGAGAGGUUCAGCGAAGAGAACAAAGACAACAUUGUACCGUACAGUUAUCUACCAUUCGGUCAUGGACCUAGAAAAUGUAUCGGCAAUCGAUUUGCUUUAAUGGAGACGAAGAUUUUGAUAGCUCAUCUUUUACAAAAGUUUACCUUAAAAACUACAGAGAAAACCGUCGAACCAAUUGUGUUUGAUAAAAAUGAAUUUAAUUUGCAACCUGUUGGAGGAUUUUGGGUCAGUUUAGAGAAGAGAGAAAAGUAAAAGUAUUCUACAUUUGAAAAAAUGUUGCCACAUUUUUAACUUUCAGAAUUAUUUAAUUACGUUUAUGCACUUCAGUAGAUAAUUGAAAUGUAUAACAAAAUUUAUUUGCGAUGUAAGACGUUAUUAUGCAAAGCAAAUGCUUGAGUCGGAUAAUUAAAGGCCAGAGCAGAUUCUUGCGUAACAUAUAGUGCAUACCCCAUGACAAAGUCAAUCAAUUAGAAUCCUUUAUUUUUUUUCCCAGGAUAGAAACGGAAGACUUUGAUUAGUUAGUUUUCUUAUGCGUUAUGCAAAAGUCUGUUCUUCGGCCAGGUAUGAGAAGUAACUCGUUACCUGUAACGAAGUUACAGUUAGUUUUUUUUUUUUGGUAACUGUAACUUUGUUAACUUGUUCCAUCUGUAACUGUUAACUUAAUUAUAUUUUUUAUGUAACUAGUAACUAUAUUAAUAGUUACUAGUAACUAUAUUAACUAUAAUAACUAGUAACUAUAUUAAUAGUUACUAGUUAUUCCUCCGGGAUCGAACAUGUUUUUAUUUUUUCUAUCGCCGUAACAUUUUUUACUCACUUAGAAUUGGCUCACCUGUAGAACGUAAACUAUACUUUGGGAAUUCUUGUUUUAUAUUAUUGCAUAUUGCAUAUAAAUUUAUAAUGUUUUUACGAAAAAUAUGUGUAAAUAAUAUUUUCUCUUAAUACGAUUUUUCAAAUUUUAAUCCAAACAUCAAAAUAAAUUUUCAAAAAUAUUUUUAAAAUGGUUGAAAAUUAUUUUGAAAAACGUUAAAAAUAUCGUAUCAAGUCCUUUUUAUUUCAUUAAAAAUAGUUUAUUUUAAUAAAUUUUUAAAUGUAUCGAAAACAUUUUAAAGCAUUCAUUUUAUAUUAAAAAACACAUUUUUUUUAACUGUAAAAAUAUACAUUUUGCACAUGUAAAAUUAUCCUUUUAUUCAAUUAAACAUUUUUUAAAUGAAAUAAAGAGGACUUAAUCAAAUAUUUUUAAUGUGUUUUAAAAUGGUUUUUAAAUGUUUUAAAAAUAUUUUUUUGAAAACAUUGUUUGUUGUUUGAAAAUAUAAUCUAAAAUCACCGUUUUAUUAUAUUAGCUACAUAAAAUUAAUAUUCUAGUUAUAAUGUGCUUGGACAAAUAUUUGAUACCUUCUACAUGUAAAGACUAUAAAUUUAAAUAGUAUAUAAUUUUUUAAUUAACUGUACGUUUUAUAAUUAAUUCCAUUUAUUGUUAGUAACAUUUACAUUCAGCUUACACUCUGAACGUUUCGGAGAUUACUAUUAAUCGGAUACGAUUAAUAGUAAUCUCAUUCUUUGAGAUAAGUGUAUCUAUAUAUAAAAAAGUAAAAAUAAUUCAUUACAUUCAAUGCAAAAUACGUAAGUAAUCUACAUAUAAAUAUUUGUACAAAAGAAUUUGUUAUUGUUUGCGAUAUUUCUAAGAAAUAUUUUUUUAAUAGUGAUAACAAUUUUUCAUAAGAUUGUAGAUUGUAAUAAAUUGUUAUUUUCUUUCAUUAUCACGUGCAAGAAUGAUAAGAUAAUGGAAAUGAAAUAAAUCAAAAUUAUUCAUUGUAACAAUAUCCCCCACCCCAAAGAUUGUCCACUUACGUUUAUGUACUCCCAUUCCUGGGAGGACGCAAAAAACGUACUUCCAUAUUGCAUAAAUAUCUUUAUAACGUAUUUUGGACCUAUGUGCUGUCAGAGAUGUUAAAAUAAUGACCUUACCUUCAUAGAAUUACAAUUAAUACAUUAUGAAUACACUGUUGGAAAAUUUGUGUACUUUGUGAAAAAAAGCUGCUUUUUCUUUUUUGUUGAAAUAUUGUAUUAACGCAGUAAAAUAUUAAAGUAGUAUUAAUAUUAUUAUUUAACACAUCCAGAUUAUUUUAAAUUAACACAAAAUUUUUGGACCAUUUGGGACAUGUAAUUUAUGUAAAAUUUAACACAGUUUUUCCAAUUGUGUAAAUACAUAAUAUAAUAUAUUUAAACCCUGUAAAAAGAAUGAAUUCGAUAUGACUUUUUAAAAAUUACAAAUUUUAUAGGGGGCUAAUAUUUAUCUUUGUCGUGAAAGAACAUCAUUAAUUUAUUCAUUAAUUUUAGAUCACAACUCUUUUCGUGACAGCAAUAAAAAUGCGUAAGCUACAAAAUUAAAAA